GCUGUACAGGACAAUGUUUCACCAUAAUUACCGUUUCGCCGACAUUUAUCUGGACUGAUAUGUCACCGAUGAAGGUCUUACUCCUGCACUUACACACGGUGGGGUUUCUUGCGUCCUGUACAGAUUUGUGCAACUGGAGAGGCAGUGGUCAGGUGGGCUCGCCUCUCUCUGGGUCGGUGCGGCACGUGCGGCUUCGCUGUUCCGCCGGUUCGAUCACGUGGUUUUCCCCGCGUCACGCUCUGCGGGUCGUGCUGCAGCCGAACGUGUGGAGCGCGCGCCGUGCGGCCGUGUGCGUGAAAGCGCUGCGGGGUUUCCAUGGUGCUGCGGUGUACGUGGAGCGCGCGGAGAGCCUGGACCUCCUGCUGCACGACGGGGAGUCUCCGGAGCAGGUGCGCUGCUUCCGCGCGCACAAAGCGCACAGUGCCGCCAUCUUUCUUCAGGCGAGCCCGCAGAGUGACGCGGGUCCGAGUGUCGUCGGGUUCCGGUAUGAAGUGCUGCGCAAGAACAGCAGCGCUACAGAGGUUCACACAAGUACAAUACAAGCUGCCUGUCGGCCGUGUAACGACUUUGAGAUACUGAAAGCCAUCUGCAGCAGUGACUUUGUGGUCCGUGGCUCUAUAAGGAACGUAUCCCAUGAUUCCGAGCGGCAGACCUCCGUGGUAGAGGUGUACAAAGGCAGGGUGUAUCGGCAACGGAGUGGAGUGUUUGAGAGAGAACCAGACCUCUCAGGCUCCUGGCAUGGGCACAUCCAUACACUUUUGCAGUGCGGCGUUAAAGCAGGAUCUGGUCAGUUCCUCUUCACCGGAGCUGAACUCUUCGGGGAGGCUUGGCUUGGUUGUGCUCCUCGAUUUAAAAACUUCCAGACUCUCUAUCAUUCAGCCAAGAGGGUGCAUCAGAUGCCGUGUGAUUUUUCCAUAGACUGACAAGAAGAAUUUUCAGAUUUUGUAUAAUAGCAAUUAAGUUACUG